AUGGACACUGGCGGUCUAGCUCAAAUGACUUUUAACGCAUCUCUCAAUGGUGGCUCACUUGGAGUUCCUGGUGUUGGCUUUGCUUCUCGCGGAAAAGGUUCCCACAUAAAACGUCUCAAUGUUGCGCCCACCCCCAAAGUUGGGCCUGGGGACGACUCCCAAGGUCUCCCUACCCCACGAACCAGUCGCUCUCAUUUGCUUGCUGGUCUGAGGACUGCCCCGAAACAACCAUUGACGCCAACAACGGCUCCCAUAUUACACCAGCAUCCCAAUCCUAUGGGGUUUGAUACCACUGGGUAUAAUAUUCCCCAUGCUAACUAUCCUGCUUCAAUUCCACAUACCGCGACUGGCUCAACAUUUCAAGCCCAGAACGCGGCGUUCGGUAUGAAUGUUGGCACCCAAAUGUAUUCCCUUCCAGAACAUGUUCUCGCCCCGCCGAAUUUGGAUCAGAUUCUAGAAAACGGAGAGCCAAUGGACGAAAAUCUAUAUAAUGAACUCGUGCAAACAAAUCUCUUCCUAGCUGCGCAACAACAGCGCCUCCAACAGCAGCUUGCGACCGUUACUGCUGCAGCCCAGCAGUUUCAAGCUUUGAAUAUUGGGACACCUGUCAAUAAUCAGCAGGUCCUGACACCCGGUCUUCCUGGAAUGAGCUUUUAUCAGCAGCAAGCACAGCACGGCAUGCAGCCCAUCGUUAGCCCGGUUCCUGGAAACCCGGGGGUGUUUUCUGUCUACAAUCCUAUGACUGGCCAGCACAGUUAUCUUGUUGAUAAUAUCCAGAAAGACGCAGGACCAACGAUGAAUGAGUCAUUCCAGGCUACAGUGGCACCCACUUCUAACGCUCGUAGCGACGUUUUGCCAUUGACAGAACAACGCCCUUCUCCCAUACGGGCUCAGUCUUCAAACAGUGCGCCCAACUUUCCUUCGCCCCCUCGUCAGGCCUCACCCUUGCAGCAAACACCUAUUGCGAACCGACGGCCUCAUAAGAAAGUUCCUUCCGUAAGCGUCAAAACAGGACUAGAUCUGAACAGAAACGGAACUCCAAAGCUAGCAAAUUUUCCACCUACCCCUGCUACGGGCACCUUCGGACCCGGUCAGGGGCGGGCGGGAGAGCACCCAAUACGGCAGCCCCGUGGGCCACCAUCUCUCGAGGAACUUGUUGCCAAGCCAACAGCAAAACAUGAAGGCAGCAAGAAUUUCGCCACUCGCCAACGUCGCCGCGCGGUACACAAUCUCGUUCGUGCAGGCAUGGAACGACGCAGCGGCAACAAUAGUACUGGCGGAAGCGUUACACCCUCCAGUGAUGUUGAUUUUAAUUUUUCCCCUUACCCUGGCGACAGCGGUAGUGUGAACUCGUCCAGCAAGUCAAGCAUCGAAAAUUUACGUGGGACGAUCGGUAUGGAAAGGAAGGACAGGGACGGUUCACCGUAUGAUUCAACCGAAGGAGUCAGUGGAGAUUUGGUCGACUGCGACGUAGAAUCUUGCACUACCUUUGAAUCUACCCCCAGCCAUGGCCCUACUGUCAACGCCCCUCAACGUCGUAAAGCGCCCAUGUUUGUGCUUUCAAGCGCUGAAAAACGCAAGAGCUUUUUGAUGUAA